AUGGAAGAACUUGGAAUGCAAGAAAGACUUGACGAGGCAAUUUACCUAAUUGAAAUUAACGACUGCUUAAAAGACUACUUGCGCAAGGUAAUGAAGCCCAAGGUCAAGUUCAUCUCUAUUUCUGGAAGGUCUACACUUCAGCUCGAGACUUCGACUGGAAUUCCAAUUCAAAUACCAGACGGGACAGCCUACGAUGGCAUAAAGGACGCCAAAAGAGAAGCUCUUGUUAA